UCCUCGGUGCGGGCCGACCAGCCUUACUUCUCAGAACCUCCCCUCUUGGUCCAUGAAACAGGCCUGAGACCCCUUACCCGAAAUCCUUGCGGCUAGAUGUGCUUUGGGAUGCAGAGAUUUUCUGAUUUGAGGAUGUGUGGGGUUUGGAACUGUGACGCUUGAUCAGACUCGCCUAGGACCGUCUGGGCAAACACAGUCAACAAAUAGCUUCACGUCACGUCAAACCAGGGACGGAAAACUUUCAUUUUGGGGUGGGCUUUUUUUUUUUUUUUACUUUGAAAUGUUGGGUAAGACAGGGCGGACUGCUCUCACCUUUUAGGGCCCUGCUGAGGAUUAAAUGAGAUAGUGCACCUGCCAGGGUUCAGUAAAUGUGACUCUCGGUACAUGACUUUUCAGUCUGGGCACGCAGAAGUUAGGGCCCACACCGCACAGGUCCACAGACUCAGCAAGUGAUCCUCAUGAAAUGGGUGGGGCCCCUGAGACCCCGACAGGAGAAGGUACCUACCCAGCCAGGCAUAGCACCGGCUUGGGGUAUUCGGCAUGGUUGUGGGGCUGAGUGGGCUGUUCUGUUUUAGCGCGACAGGGGUAGGUGUUGUGCAAGGUGGGAAUGGCCAUUCUCUCCCACAAGUGACCUUCUGAGGGGCAGCAACAGGCCCUGCAUUUGUGCCAAAGAGGGUGUGGGUGUCUGGGUGCAAGGCCAGACCUCAGCAUCCAGUUGUGCUGGGUGGCUGGACCCAAAGGGUUCUCAGUUCUCCUUCCUUAGGGGGCGUUUAGGGGAACUGAAGCCGCAUGGGGGCAGUGGCUGGCCUAGGGGAUCAGAGGCAGAAGCCAGGUAGGGGUGUGGUGGUAGUGUGUUGGUGUGCUCCUAGUUAAGGAUACGGGUGGUGUGUGGGCAGCACGCUUGGCCUGGCAGAGCUGCGGGGUUUGGCCCUGACUUUGCCUUGCCUGGUGCAGAGCCCCUGGAACCCUCACAGCAGCCAGCUGCCCAGCGUGUCCCUGUCCCACCUGUUGACCGAGUGAGGUGCUGCCCAGUUGAGUGAAUUUGCGUCGCUUUCACAGAAGGUCUGUGUGUGAGCUCCCCUGUGUGCCUGGCUCUGUGUGAGGCCCCGAGGGUCUGACUGUGAGCACAGACCCCACAGUGCCUGUCCUAAAGGGCCUGAGAGACUGGUCAGUAAAGGACCAGCAAGUGUAGAGAUGUCGGAAGUGAUGAGCCACAGCCAGCCUCUGCCCAGGGCACCUGUUGCAGAGCUGGAGCCUCCCACUCUCUGUGACCUUGGGUAGGUGACUGAAUGUUCACAGCUUUGUUCUCUCAUCUCUGAAAUGGGAAGACCCUGGAGUCGAGGUCUCCCGAGAUCUUGGCCCAGUGGUUUGCACGGGGAAGCUGGCCCUUAUGAAGUUACUGGUAAUGAGCGGUCUCUAACCAAUAAAGACGGCAGUUUGUAAGCUACCAGUAAGUACCUGAUCUGCGUUAGCUGCCUGAGUUCAGUCGUUGCUGGAGUAGCCGACAGCGCCACGAGGGAAGAUGGGGAAGAUGGGAGAGCUUCGUCCUGCCUGCCUCAGGGUACCAGAUGAGUGUUUGAAAGACCCAAGUACACUGUCUUUGUCUUGUACUGAAACCCUCCAGAGCUUUCCUUUGUCCUCGGGGUAAAGUGCAUCUCCUCCCCAUGACCCUAUGCUCAGUGAUGUGGUCCCCGCAGAUCUCCCCCUGCCCCCACUCCUGCUCUCUGGCUCCCUUCCAUUUCUUCCUCGGAGGGACUCCGCCUUCUCCCCUCAGUACUGUGUAUACCCGCUCCCACUUGUUUGUUCUCCGUGUCCUGGUGAGACAGGUAACUCGCGUGGGUGGAGACGGGCAGAACCUGUUUCCCCAUUGACUGCAGUGUACCCAGGGCCUCCUCCUCACCUGGCCUAGUCUGUUCCUCUUUGCUCCUUUGCCUGAACGUCCAUGUCAGAUAAGGGCCAAGUCCUCCUCAGACCCUGCCGGGGACCUCAGACCGCCACACCUGAGGCCCUGCUGCAGGCCUCCUCACUGGAAAGGCAGAGCCCUGGCGUGGCCUCCUGCCUCGCUCACAGCCUGUGCCCGGGGGAGCCCAGCUUGCAGACCGCAGCAGUGGUGUCCAUGGGCUCUGCAGACCAUCAGUUCAACCUCGUAGAGAUCCUGUCCCAGAACUACGGCAUCCGGGAGCAGUGCGAGCAGGCCGCGGGAGACCCAGAGAAGCCUGAGGGGGAGCUGGAGAAGGACUUCAUCGCCCAGAGCAGCGACAUGCCCCUCGACGAGCUGCUUGCCCUCUAUGGCUAUGAGGCGUCAGACCCCAUCUCGGAGCGGGAGAGUGAGGGCAGUGACACCACAGCCAACCUCCCAGACAUGACGCUGGACAAGGAGCAAAUAGCGAAGGAUUUGCUUUCAGGGGAAGAAGAGGAAGAGACACAGUCAUCAGCCGAUGACCUGACCCCGUCUGUGACCUCCCAUGAGGCCUCUGACCUUUUUCCUAACCAGAGUGGACCCUGCUUCCUGGCUGAUGCAGACAAAGAGCCUAGCUCUUCCACCUCUUCCGACACAGAGGAGGACCCUCUUCCUGCCAACAAAUGUAAGAAGGAGAUCAUGGUUGGGCCUCAGUUCCAAGCCGACCUCAGCAGCCUGCAGUUGGACCGCCACGGUGAGAAACUCUAUGAGAAUGAUGACCAGCUGCUCUGGGACCCCAACAUCCUCCCCGAGAGGGAGGUGGAGGAGUUCCUGUACCGGGCAGUGAAACGGAGGUGGCACGAGAUGGCUGGGUCGCAGCUCCCGGAGGGAGAAUCGGUGAAAGACAGUGAGCAGGCGCUUUACGAGCUGGUGAAAUGCAAUUUCAAUGCAGAGGAGGCCCUGCGGAGACUGCGGUUCAAUGUGAAGGUGAUCCGAGAUGGGUUUUGUGCUUGGAGCGAAGAGGAGUGCAGGAACUUUGAGCAUGGCUUCCGAGUGCAUGGGAAGAAUUUCCACCUGAUCCAGGCCAACAAGGUGCGCACCCGGUCCGUGGGCGAGUGUGUGGAGUACUACUACCUGUGGAAGAAGUCUGAGCGCUACGACUACUUCUCCCAGCAGACGAGGCUGGGCCGGAGGAAAUACGGCCCUUCGGGAGCCACGUGCGUGCAGCGGGCUCCCAGGGCCCUGGGGUGGGGAGGGUUGGGGAGGGUGGGUGUCCCGGGCAGGUGUCUCCCCUUCACAGCACACACUCCCCACAGGGAUGCAGACCAGGACCUGGACGGCAGUGACCCCGAUGGCACUGGUCGCCCCCGCUCGUCGCCACCUCUCCCUCCUGCUGCUGACAGCCUGGGCUCUGAGCAGGACCCCUUGGCACGGAUGCACACAGAGCCGCUGAGCGUAGACAGCGUGGCCGGCAGUCUCGGUGAGCCUGGGGAGAGCUCCGACAGCCUCCCGUCCUCGGAGCCGGGGCCUUGUCCGUUCCAGCAGCUGGACACGCCCCCAGCCGUGCCCCUGCCCAGGCGGCCCCCUGCCCUGGCCGAGCCAGCCUUCUACCCCCCGGCCACAGCCGCUCCAGAGCCCGGCAGCAGCCCGAGACUAGCUGUGGACUUGACCCUGCCUGGGGCCCUCCCCGAGGAGCUGCCUCUCAUCUCCAGCCAUGUGGAUGUGAACGGAGAGCCUGAGGAGGCCAUGGCUCCGGCACAGGUGGCCUUGUCGGUCACCGAGUUUGGACUCAUCGGCAUUGGGGAUGUGAAUCCCUUCCUGGCUGCCCACCCAGCGUGCCCAGCCCCUGGGCUGCACUCGGAGCCCCUGUCACAGUAAAACAUUCAUAUGGUUCAAAAUCCAAAAAGGUACAAACGGGGCCGGUGCCAGGCUCCUCCCACCCCUGCCCCAGCCACCAGCCCUCCCCAGGCGCCAGGGACAGUGCUGCCUUGGGGAGCCUGUCCACCAGCACAAGUGAAAACACGGUCUGCUGGGGGAGGCGAGGUCGGGAGCCACGGUUUCAGCCCACGGCACCCAGGCCGUGCUGUCUGUGGGACUGGACUGACCCUUUCUCGGUCUCUCCCCCUGCAGCUGUAACGUGAUGACCUGUUGAUCCCUGGCCACGGGUGGGCGUGCGUGGCCUGGACUGGACGUGGGGCCACCGCGGGGCCUGCCUCUGCCAGUCUUCCCGACCCCUCCCCUCCUCGUGGGCCUCGGGUAACGCCUCCUCUGCUUCAGAACACGGCAAGGACAGGGUGAGCGGUGGCCGGGCCACUGCCCUGCCCCCCUCACACACAGACUAGUGCCCUCGGUGCCCGGCACCACGGUCCGUGCUGUCCAGGCUGCUGCCCCCAGCGCAGGACCCAUCGGGUGGCCAGAGGCGGAGGGCCCAGCCCCGUCUAGCCAGCAGAGGCGAGGAAGGUGGGGAGAUGGGGCAGGAUGCUGCCCCCACCAGCAGCCUCUGCCCGGGGCACCCUCAGCACUCCGCUUGGCUCCAUCUCCCUGCACCCGGCAGGGCCACAGGCUGCCCCAGCCCGGGGGUCAUGGGCAGCUGCUACUCGGUGCCAAACCCCGUGGGGCACAGAGCCAUAUACCUCGACGUCGGCCCCGCCUGCCCUCGACCUCCACCCUGCUCUCCACUUCAGGAAACGCCGCACUUUACGUCCCCGCCCCCCCCCCCCCCCCCCCCCCCCCCCCGUCUCCAGCCCAGAGCAGCCUUGGGUGUGGGGCUGAGACAGGUGACCUGCACCCCCCUUGGUACCAAGGCGCCGUUGCCUGCAGCACCGAGGGGCCAGCUCCAGUCCGUUCCCCUGACCCCGUGGGUCGUACUUCUGUUGAAGAUCCCCAGCAAGAUGGCUUGGGGUCCUGGUCCUUCCCUUUCCCAGCUUCCCUCGUUUUAUUUAUGUUUCUGUUUACAAAUUAGAGUGGGGUCCUCCACGGGGCCAGGGCAGUGCUCCCCAACCCCGGGGUGUCACCAGGAGAGGGUUUUGGCUCGAGCCCGUCUGCAGAGUUGGCCUCGACCUUCCCUCACCCCACCAAGGACCACACUGUGAAGUGAUAACUGCCUUGAAUCCCUUGCUGUUUUAUUUAUUAAACUUGAUUUGA